AUGGCUCUGCAAAACGUUCAAGUCCGCCCCCACGAGACCGUUGAUCUCAAUGAGCUUGAGACAUUCAUCGAGUCUCUCAUCGGGCAGACUGUUCCUUCUACUGUCUCCCGAGUUCCUGUCUUCUCUUUCAAGACGACUGAAGAGAAUGUCAAGUUGAUCAAGGACAAGUUUGGCGAUAACAUCAUUGUCGAUGCCGUCAACGCCUAA